UGAAACGCACACUAUUCAAGAGGAGAUAACCCAAAAGACGUUUCUUUCUUUUAAAUGUUUUUAAAUCUUGAGAAGAGCAUUUCCAACAGGUGCAGCACAUGUGCGCUACUCCCCAUCACAAUCUUAAUAAUCGCAAUUUCAUGGUGAUUUUAUACCUCUUAACCCGAGACAGACAACAAGGAGAAGAGAAUUUGUCACAGAAAUUCAACAUUAAAAACACACACUUCACUGUGCCUUUCUUACGACAAAACUGUUGACAGCUGUUCUCUGGAUCAAUCACCGCUGCAGACAAUAUGCAAAAAAACAGGUUUACGUUAAGAUCUUUGGCUCAGGGGGGCAUGGACCUCAGGCUGACCCAAGGACAGUUCACCAUGACGGGGAUCCACUUGCUACUUACAAUCGCUCUCAUCUCCUGCACUUCCCAGCUCUUUGUGGAUGCAAACUCGUGGUGGUCUUUAGCAAUGAACCCCAUUCAGAGACCCGAGAUGUACAUCAUAGGAGCGCAGCCUCUGUGCAGUCAGCUCAUGGGACUGUCGCAGGGCCAGCGGAAACUGUGCCAGCUCUACCAGGAUCACAUGGUGUACAUCGGCGAAGGGGCCAAGACGGGCAUCAAGGAGUGUCAGUUUCAAUUCAGGCAGAGGAGGUGGAACUGUAGCACGGUGGACAACACCUCGGUCUUUGGACGGGUCAUGCAAAUAAGCAGCAGGGAAACAGCCUUCAUCUACGCAGUGAGCGCGGCGGGUGUGGUGAACGCAAUCAGCCGGGCCUGCAGGGAGGGGGAGUUGUCCACCUGUGGCUGCAGCCGGGCCGCUCGCCCCAAGGACCUUCCCCGGGACUGGCUGUGGGGGGGCUGCGGUGACAACGUGGACUAUGGGUACCGCUUUGCCAAGGAGUUCGUGGAUGCCCGCGAGAGGGAGAAGAAUUACCCCAAGGGCUCGGAGGAGCAUGCACGCACCCUCAUGAACCUGCAGAACAACGAGGCUGGAAGACAGGCGGUGUACAACAUGGCGAAUGUGGCUUGCAAGUGCCACGGCGUAUCGGGUUCCUGCAGCCUCAAGACCUGCUGGCUCCAGCUGGCCGACUUCCGCAAGGUGGGCGAGUUUCUCAAGGAGAAGUACGACAGCGCGGCUGCCAUGAGGAUCAACCGCAAAGGCAAGCUGGAGCUGGUGAACCAGCGCUUCAACCCGCCCACCCCCGAGGACCUGGCAUACAUGGAUCAGAGCCCGGACUACUGCCUCCGCAACGAGAGCACCGGCUCGCUGGGCACAGAGGGCCGUCUCUGCAACAAGACCUCUGAGGGGAUGGAUGGCUGCGAGCUCAUGUGCUGUGGCCGGGGCUAUGACCAGUUCAAAACCUACCAGUACGAGCGCUGCCACUGCAAGUUCCACUGGUGCUGCUACGUCAAGUGCAAGCGCUGCACACAGAUUGUGGACCAGUUUGUCUGUAAAUAGAACCCAGUGAUUGAUCGAGGCAACCAAGAAACAAAAAUAAAACACACACACACA